AAAUUUGGCACUUGUUUAUUUUCCUUGGAUAAAAAAUACGCGGAGAUUAAUUGGCUUGGCUGGGCAUCCUGACCAGCCAUCUCAGAUACUUGGCACGCGCGUCGGUGUGAGGAAACCCCGAGGAAACAUUUCACGGAUAUAGAAUUCAUUAGAUGUUCAACAGAGACUGAGAAGGAUGCUUCUCGCCGGGCCGAGUCAGUCCUCUUCGUACUCCUACGCUUCGCCGCGUCUGAGCAACAUUUCCUCCUCCAGAACUAGUCUGAGCAGCAAGUCCACGUCGAAUGAAAGUAUUCCCAUUUCGUCCGCCUCCAGUCGCUACAGUCUGAUGAAGUCGUUUGCGGUGCACCUGAAUCGUGGCACGGAGUUGCUCAAGCAAACUGUCCAGCGUGCCAUCCUCUCCAAAGCCGCCACACCGAACACAGAACUGAGGACGGUUGCGCCCACGAAGCAUCACAAAGUCCCAGACCUGCACAGGGCCAGCACGGACAGCCUGGAGGCGGAACUGUGCUACUUCCGCCCCAUCAGGCCAUGCCCGAUCACCCUCCAGACGAACUGGCUCUUCCGGAAGCUGCCAAAGAUUCCGACAGCAAUAAAGCAUCCGCCACGCAAGGAGAAGACACUUCCGACGCUUCAGGGAAAGAAACAGUUCAAACCGUCGAAGGUGGCUUCUGCCUUUCGUGCUUUUGCGCCUUUUAAGACUCCCACUGGCAGUGGCACGAAAGCUUCCUCGCGCAAGAGAAAGGCGGCUGAGGAGGAAUCCGUGCCGCCCAAGGUGGCCAGAGUGACGCGCAGCACUGCCCGUAAGGUGGUCGAAGUGACACGGAAGACGCGCGCCAAUGGGAAACUUGCGACUGUCCAGGAGACGGAGGAGCAGGAGAGGAGAGACUUUGAGCUGGCCAAGAAGCUGCAGACUGAGCUGAACAGAAAUUCCACAGCUUCCGCAACGAGUGGCUAUUCGUUGCGCAGCAAGCGAAAAUCCACGGAGCGGAACACCGAUCCGCCGCUGAGACGCACCACCAGGAGGGCCGGCAAGGCGCUCUAGAGCCCACUCCUCGGCCACGAGGGAGAAUUCAAUAGUAUCUAAGCUAAUCUCGCGAUAUAAGGUCUCUCAAUAUUAUUUGUGAUAAUUUAUUUUUUUACUCUCGACACCACACAAGAGGGCCCAUCAUUGGGAUGCUCAAGAGAUUUUAUGUUCAGCGGCAGCGCAGAAUUUUACCGGAAAUAUGAUCACAAGGGGCCGAAGUUGCGCCUUCACACAAUAAAUCCACACAUAAUGUACAUAAGGAAUUUCUGAAUAGAAAUUUGAACAAGUAUCUAGAGA